AUGGCAAACAAAAGAAUGCGAAAGCUAAUACAAAAUAGCCAAAGACGAUCUACGAGAGAAGAAUCGAGUAAUAGAGGAGUUGAUCAUGAAAAUGAAUCACAAGAUACAACAUCUCAUUCACCAUUAGAGCUACAAAAUGAGGAGGUUAAUGAGCAAGAUGAAAAUGAGAUCAUGUCUUCAUCCCAAGCUCAGAAAAGAAAACGUGGCAAGACUAUUAUGAGAGAUAUUCAUGCAUUACAUCCCGAUCAUAUGUUGGUAGUGAAAUUCAAUGAAAGGGGACAGCCUUACGGUGAUCUACAACCGACUCUUGCAAAUUUUAUUGGGACUAUUGCACGGAAUGGAGUUGUGUUGCCCCUGAGCUUUUUAGAUUGGAGAAAAAUGCCGACAAAUCGCUUGAAUGAUGCAUGGAAACGUGUUACUGCACGUUUCUGUAUCUCCAAUUGCCAUAGAAGAGUUAUAAUGCAAAUGAUGGGGGCUACGUGGAGAAGGUGGAGGACCAAAGUGAAAGCUACAUCUUAUGAUUCAAAUACUCCACUAGAAGAGCUUGUUGCAAUACAACCCAUUCCUCAUGGCUUGACACUUCAAACAUGGGAAGUUUUAUGUAACUAUUGGAAGUCUACCGAGUUAGUUUCACACUGCUUAUUUACUGUUUUACACUUUAAUGCUCUUAUCCUUGAAGUUCCAAGGUUUUAUGGGAUUCUAGAAAUUGAUUACAAGCAAUGUAAUUCUCAAGAAAAUGGAAGAAAACCGAGUCGUAUUGAAAUACAACAAUUGAGUCGAAGAAGUAGAAAGAAAGGAGGCGCCCUUAUUGAUGACGAGGCAAUACGAAUUGAGAAUUUACUUAAAGAGACUGUGGAUCGUCACCUUCAAAAUAAACCUGAAGGAACACAACCAAUAGAAGUCCAUGAGGAGGCAUUUCAGUUGCUAUUGAAGGUUGGAGCAAAUGCCUUUUGGCGCUUGAAGCAAAUGUCUUUUGAUGCUUUAUUGGCGGAGAAAACUUGUUAUUGA